AUUUCUCUAUCUUCCUAUCAGAACUUGGGUCUGUGCACGGCUUCCCUGAUGUACAUUCUGAGUCGGGAUCGUCUUAACAUGGAUCUGGACAGGGCCUGUCUGGAGCUUAUGAUCAAGCUGCUGGAGAUAGACCAGGACUACUCGGCCCACCAGGAUCAGCUCACUCCCAAAGAGGUGGAAAAGGUCAAGGAGAAGAUCAGGAAGCUGUGUGAGACCGUGCAUAACAAGCACCUCGACUUGGAAAACAUCACGACGGGCCACCUCGCCAUGGAAACUCUGCUCUCUCUAACCUCCAAGAGAGCGGGGGAUUGGUUCAAAGAAGAACUGAGACUUCUGGGAGGGUUGGACCAUAUUGUAGACAAAGUUAAGGAGUAUGUGCAGAACCUGAGCCAAGAGGACGACAAGGAGAACCUGGUCGUAUCGUUAUGGGGAGCGGAGCGCUGUCUGAGAGUACUUGAAAGUGUGACAGUGCAGAACCCAGAAAACCAGGCGUACUUGAUUGCCUACAAAGAAUCACAACUCAUCGUCUCCUCCGCCAGAGCUUUGCGGUACUGUGAAGAUAUGAUUCAGCGAUACAGCAGGUCGCUAAAUAACAGCUCUCUGUCGUUGUCGGGGGCAGCGCUGCCCCACUGCAGCUUCAGUAACGUUGGCAAGGCCGUGGAGGACUGCAUGCGGGCCGUCAUAGGAGUGUUGCUCAACCUCACCCACGAUAAUGAGUGGGGCAGCACUAAGACUGGUGAGCAGGAACAGCUUACCGUAACUGCUUUGAAUUGCGUCCUCCGAGUUCCACGCUUCAUCCCCCAGGAGCAGCGGUUCGACGUGCGAGUUUUGGGUCUAGGUCUACUUAUCAACCUGGUGGAGUACAGCUCCAGAAACCGCCACUGCCUGGUGGACAUGGAGUACCUAAUGGACGACAGCUUUCUGGAAGACAGCCUGCUGCAGCCGGCUGACCCGACAGGAGCAGAGACAGCGAACGCACCGCCGCCCGCCGCUGCUGAGUCUCAGGGAGACGAUCCUGUCAAGCCCAAGCCCUCCGGUGCUCUGGCUGCCCUGGUGCAGUUCUUACUUGAGAGGGAGCGCGCCGCCAUCCUGGCUGAGGCCAAGACGGACGACCUCAUCAGCGAGGCGCCAAAGCCGGCACUCGACAAAAGUGGAGAGUGGAAGGAGACGUCGGGGGAGAUACAGUGGGUGGCAGCCGAACCCAACGACAACCAAACGGAGACGAAUGAGGACGAGAAGAAAGAGGAGGAAGAGGAAGAGUUGGAUCUGAAUAAAGCUCUGCAGCACUCAGGCAAACAUAUGGAGGACAGCAUUGUUGCCUCCUACACCGCCCUGCUGCUGGGCUGCCUCUGCCAGGGAAGCCAGAUAAAUUUGACUACUGUGAGACAGCAUCUACCUAAAGGGGACUUCUCCAUCAUGACAGAAAUGCUGAAGAAGUUCUUGAGUUUCAUGAACCUCACUUGUGCGAUGGGCACCACGGGACAGAAGUCCAUCACCCGGGUCAUCGAAUACCUGGAGCACUGUUAACAGACAGCCAGACCAGGACCUCACACUCUGCACAUUAAAGGGACCCCGGGCUCUUCUGGUGCCCCGUCCCCGAUUGGAGCCACAGGGGUGGGGGGGUGGUGGGGGUCAUCGAAGACUCGGCAGCGUUCCUUUGACUUCACCAGAUCAACAAAUGCUGCGCUCACUCUGAAUUGCUACCGAUGAAGGCGUGAACUCACAAAAAGUUUCCCUUUCUCUGGAGCACAGCCCGAACCAAAGCCCUGCUAGCUGACAGACAUCACAUUUCUUCAGUUCCACAUUUGAUUAGUCAGGAGAUUCAUCCUCAGGUUCCUGGGAAUCAGGCAGAGGCUAACGUGUCAUAAUAAUCCGUGGAAUCAUCUUAUAUGAUAAGGGACUCACUGACGUGUUCUUGAAACAUCUUUAAGAGGUUUAACGGUCUGAUGGUCCGCAGCCUGGUCUCAUUCCCGGUCACUUAGCCCGAGUGUAAACCUCUGAAUGAAAUGUUAUGGAUCAUUACAUUUUAAUCUCAUCCACAUCGAAGCCAAGUAUGAAAUCAUUGAUAAGCAUGAAACACAAUAAUUUUCAUGGAUGUUAGAAUGACGUCUCUAUGUAAACUCGUGUGGAAUGAUUUUGGACGCUUUCACCCGUUAAGCUUAAUGUUUGCAGUUGGCUUGAAUGUUGAAGGGAAGCAGAGUUUUUUUUAAAUCUUUGAUUUGUAUGUUUUAAUUGUGCCCGUUAAUUUUGUAAAACGGUGCGGGUUAGCAAGUUGCGUAGGCGCAAUGUUAUGCGCGUAUCUUAUAUGUUUUUAGACUUGUUUUUAAGUUGUUCUUCAGGGCAUUUUUUCCUCACCCAACUCAUGAAUGACUUUUAAAGGACUGCGCGACAUGCUGGCUUUGAUAGGGUGUCCUUUAUUUGAAAAAUAAAGGCCCUUGGAAAUUACACGCUAUUAUGAAUUUAAAUGUUCAUUCUUACAAAUCAUUAAUUUGGUCCUAUUUUACUUUGUUUUGCUUAUUUAAAUUCAAAUAAAAUCAAGAGUUUGUAAUAACAAUAUGCAUUGAAGCUCACAGGUAUAACAGAUGUGAUGAAUUACUCAAACAUGUGAUGGUUGUGCUUCUUUUUAAAAUUUGAAAUGAAGUUAUUUUUUUCUUUUUAAAUGUAUUUAAUUUAAUGCUUUCUCCUCCUGUUUGUAAAUGCAAUGUUUUUACCUAGUGAGAUGCCAUUUGUGUCUAAAGUUUCCCAUCCUGUUUCAUUAAGAUAUGUCCCAUAUGACACAGCUCAGUGGCUGGACAAAGAAUAUGCGGAACAGUUACUUUUUUCUCUCAUGUUAAUUGGCAUUGGGGAUUUACUGAUGGCGCCACAUUUCUGUAUGUCCAGCCACAUGUAGCUUCAUGUUUUAGUCUACACAACAUUCAUUAAGCUCCCAUUAAUUUAUUAUUUUGGUGUCAUUGUAUUUGUACACAUUAAUCUUCAAAGGCCUCUGUCUUGUACUGCUCACAUGUACGAUCACUGAUUUGAAUGACAGCCAUACCUGUAAAAGCAGAUUAGUUGUAUCUAGUUUGUAGGCGGCAGUGAACAACUGUGUUUACUGCGUCUGAUUACUUUGCAAAAUUCUGGUCUGAAUGGAAUUUUAGAUUGUAAAUACUCCUGUACAUAGCGGUUAAUGGACAUUUAAAAAUGCUUAGACUACUUUUUCCCUGAAGCUGAUAUUUUUAUUUUAUACAAUAUUUCUGGGUUGUCAUUUGGAAAAACAAAAAUCGCAGGAAGUGGAGAAAAAAAAGUUUGUACUCGUUUCAAGGACACUGUCUUUGGUUACAAUGUAAAUAAUUGUAUCUGAAAAAGAAAAAAAAGUUGCUACUUUCAA